GUCAGCAGGGAGAGCUGCUUCUGACUCGACUUCAUGCAGCUGCUGUAUGAAGCCAUUAAUCCUGAUAAUAAUAAUAAUAAUAUUUUUAUUUUCUUCUUUAAAGGAAGAGAAUCUUUGGAGUUGUUCGUUUUUGAGAGGCAGCCAUGAUCAGCCGUAACUUCAAGAAUGUGUUGGUGGUCUCUCUCGGGUUUCUGUCUCUGUUCACGGCUUAUGGAGGCCUGCAGAGUCUACAGAGCAGUCUGAAUGCAGAGCAGGGGAUGGGCGUGGUGUCUCUGAGCGUCAUCUACGGCUCCAUCAUCAUCUCCUCCAUGUUCCUGCCUCCCAUCAUGAUCAAAAACCUGGGCUGUAAAUGGACCAUUGUGGCGGGCAUGGCGUGCUAUGUCUCCUACUCCUUUGGAAACCUCUACCCUGGAUGGUACACUCUGAUCCCCACCUCGGUGAUCCUGGGUUUGGGCGGCUCUCCCUUGUGGUCGGCUAAAUGCAGCUACCUGACCAUCUGCGGGAACACUCAGGCCGCCAGGGACGGCAAGAAGGGAUCUGACAUCAUCAACCAAUACUUUGGCAUCUUCUUUUUCAUCUUCCAGUCGUCUGCCGUGUGGGGAAACCUCAUGUCGUCACUCAUCUUUGGACAGGACACCAAUAUAGCUAACAUCCCAGAGGAGCAGCUGCUGACUUGUGGAGCGGCUGACUGCGGCCUCAACAUCAGCGUCAACGGCACGACCACCAGACCUGCUCAGAAACUGGUGUGGACACUCGUCGGAUGUUACAUUGGCGUGGGUGUGCUGGCCAUGCUCAUUGUGGCGGUGUUUCUGGACAACAUUGACAGUGAGCAGUCCAGCCAGUUCCGUGGGAACCGGGAGCCGUUCUGCCACACCUUCCUGGCUACGUUCAGACUGCUGAAGGACUGGAGGCUUUUGACUCUCAUCCCUCUCACCAUGUACAGCGGCUUUGAGCAGAGCUUCCUCUCUGGGGAGUACACCAAGAACUAUGUAACAUGUGCUUUGGGGAUCCAUUAUGUUGGCUAUGUGAUGAUGUGCUUUGGAGCCAGCAACUCUCUUUGCUCCUUUCUGUUUGGGAGACUCGCUCGGUACACCGGGAGAGCUGCACUCUUCUUCAUAGCUGCAGCGGCCAACUUCGCCUGCAUCAUAGCUCUCUUGUUCUGGAGGCCGCAUCCUGACGAUAUGCCUGUCUUCUUUGUGUUUCCUGCUCUGUGGGGUAUGGCAGACGCAAUCUGGCAAACUCAGACCAACGCUCUUUACGGUGUCCUCUUCCCCCGGGCCAAAGAGGCCGCAUUCGCCAACUACCGUAUGUGGGAGUCACUCGGUUUUGUUAUCGCCUUCGCUUACAGCACCUUCAUAUGUCUGGAGUAUAAACUGUACAUCCUGCUGGCAGUUCUGCUGCUGACCGUCAUCACUUACCCCAUAGUGGAGUACCACGAACACAAGCAACCCACCCUGCCCAUUGAGGAGGGGAGCUACAUAAGAGACAGGAAGGACAUCCUUCAAAGAAAGGAAAGCAAGAUUGUUUACCAGACAGCAAUGUAGAGUCUAAUGUUUUGUUUUUUUCUUGGUUUUAAAUCCUGGUCUGGUGCCUAAUACAGAUGCUUAAAUCUUGCAAUUGUCUUGUCAGGGCUGUUGUAUCUGUAUUUGUGCAAUUAUCAAACUAACACUUUUCCUAUGGCUACAAAGCAGUAUUGUUUCACAUCUUUAUAAAUAUUACUCUACUUACUGAAAAUGAUAUACUGUAAAUUUGAAGAGUUAAAAAAUGCUAAAUAAAUGUAUUUUAAGCUCUGUGUCAAAAUGCAAUAUAAUGCUUUAGAUGCUUUGUUAAACAGACAGUACUUGCACCACAUCAUGGAGGAGAGUGUCCAAUUUAGGGACCUCCAAAUUCUCUGCUCUUUGCAGAUGAUGUGGUUUGGUUCGCUUAAUCAGACGCUCCUGGACGCCUCCCUUUAGAGGUUUUCCGGGCACCUCCAACUGAUAAGAGACCCCUCGGUUGACCCAGAACACACUGGAGGGACUUUAAAACUAGGCC